AUGCCAAGGCUCUUAUCUUUUCCCUGGGCGCAAAGUGCCCUUCUUUUCUUGCUCUGUGCUCGGAUUAGUUUGGCGUGUACUAUGGACGUCCCGAUGGAGAUUACGAGUGGAGUCCCGUUCCAAGUGUCUUGGGCGGCUUGUGAGACACCCGUCACGGUCAAAGUUUGGGAUCAGAAUAACAAUCUCUUGAAGAGUGCUACACUCUCCGAGUCCAGUUUCACAUACACUGUCACUACCAGUGCGGUGUCCUUCUCCGUAACAGAUGCUACUGGGCUCGAAGUGACAACUGUCCCACUUGUAGUCAACGUUCCCGAAUCCAAGCUCAUCACUAACGUCACACUCGGUCGUGGGCCGAGAGGGGGACCUAAAUAUGACAAGGUGAAAGGGGAUGAGGAGCAAGCGCCGGGGGAAAUACGAGAGGAAGCGCGAGGGGAAGUGCAGGAUAGAGCGCAGGACAGAACGCAAGAGGGUGGGCAAGAGGAUGUACAAAAGGGAGGGGAAAGAGAAGCGCAAGAGGGAACGCAAGAGGGAGGCCUAUUGGGAGGGCAAGAAGGAACGCAAGAAGGAACGCAAGAGGGGGGGCAAGCGGGAGGGCAAGAGGGAACGCAGGAGGGAAUACAACAGGAGCGUGGGAGGGAAGGGCACGUAGAUUAA